AUGUGCCACAGCACUGACGUCUACAUCGAAUGCGCCGCCUGCGCAGCACUCAUCUUUGUGCACAUUUGCAGAUUAGAACUCUGCGACAACGCAAAAGAGAAAACGAACCCGAGAGUCGGCCAGUGCGACAACGGCGUGGCCUUCGGGUGGGUCACGGAAGAAAACCCCGAGGGCAGGAUCUGUCCGGCUUGCGAAGCUGAUGCUGCUCAAAUGGACAGCAUUGAGGAACAGCUACGACAGGUCGGGGAGGGGCGGCGGUGA